GCUUUACCUACCUACCCUUCCAUAAACUGAAAUUAGGCUCAAUAUGGUGCAAAAGAAUAUUCUAUGAUUAUUAUUAUGAUCAAACCAUGUGGCUGCCUUCUUCAUUUCAGCUCCAUUUUCAAUUCUUACACAAACAAGAAAAGAGCAUAAUUCACAAGAUCCCUUGUUGUUGCUUCCUCCAUAUACCCAAAUCUUAGAUUAUUAUUUUUUUCCCAAAAAAUAAAAUUUUGUAAAUCUGAGUCGUGGAAUUAAAUCUGCUAGAAAUUCAAGAAUCAGCUAGAUUAAGAGGGAAAUGGAUAAGAUGACGGGUACAACAGUAACAACGUCUGCAACAACGACAACAACAACAAUGGGGUCAUCUUCAAUAUUCACAAAUUAUCCACUUUUGUCUGCUUUAAUUGCCUUUGCUCUUGCCCAAUCCAUUAAGCUCUUCACUUCAUGGUACAAGGAAAGACGAUGGGAUCUUAAGCAACUUGUUGGAUCUGGUGGAAUGCCAUCAUCGCAUUCAGCAACUGUAACUGCUCUAGCUGCAGCUGUUGGUUUGCAGGACGGCUUCGGGGGACCACUCUUUGCUUGUGCAUUAGUUUUAGCAUGUGUGGUAAUGUAUGAUGCCACGGGUGUAAGAUUACAUGCUGGGCGUCAAGCAGAGGUCCUGAAUCAAAUUUUAUAUGAACUUCCUUCUGAACAUCCUCUUGCAGAUAGCAGACCAUUACGAGAACUCCUUGGUCACACUCCUCCUCAGGUACUAGCUGGUGGAUUAUUGGGAUUGACGACUGACGGCUAUUCAUUUUAUCACAGGCUCGGGACAUCGAGCAUGACAUUAAAGAAGCUAUUGCUGACUAUGUUACAGUAUCCGAAAUACUUGACAUUUGUGAUACCACGCCAAAAGUUGCAGAUAUCUCAUUUCACCUCUGAAUUGCGCUGGAAGGUAUUGUCCGCAGUCGUGCACAUUUAGUAUUUCAGAUACCACAUCGCCUCCUAAGAGGGUUCAGAAGAAUUGCUAAUAUUCAUUUAUGAGUUUAUACGCCAUGUAAAUAAAUAUUGAUUAUUGAAUUUUAGCUGCAAAGAACUGCAACCUGUAACUUAAGCUACACACUUUUCCGGAAAGUAGUUAAAAGAGUGUUUGCCAUC